GCUUCCAAAUGUCGUUAACUUUUGACUAAAUAACCGAAAUAUAAUAUAACUCAUUAUGAAAAGUUUAUUUUAUCAUCAUUUAAAUUCUGCUCAUUUAGUCAAUUUAAUGUCAUUAACUUUGAAGUUUUGAUAUUGUAACCAUUUAAAAACGAUUUUCUUCAAAAUAUUGCCCCUCAUUAUGUUUAAUCAAUUUUUAGUGAUUCUUUGUAUUUCAUCGUAUUUCAAAGUAAUUUCAUCUGAUGUUAAAUUUAUUGCAACAACCCGACAAUUCAAUCCAAAAUUUGUGUCAAAUUUUACAACUUCAAUUGAAAAAGAACCCAACGGACUCAAUGUUGACAUAACACUGAUUCAACCGAUUAUUAUCGACUUUUAUGCUUUCGUUGAUGUUCAAAUAAGGUUGAGAGACUCAAAAAUUUAUCAGAGUCUGUUUACGGAGGAAUUUGAUGUUUGUGAAUUGGUAAAUAAUGUUUUGAUCAAUAAUUUGAUGAAACGAUGGUAUAGAAAUUUGGUUAAAUAUGGGAAUUUUAUGGAAAAUUGUCCAGUACCUGAGGGUUACUAUUAUUUGAGAGGAUUAGUUGUUGAACACAGUAGCUUGGCGAUGUACCUUAGACCUGGAGAUUACAGAAUAAGUGGACAUGGAUACUUCAAAAGAGCAGACUUGAAUGAAACAGUCGUUAAGGCAACACUCGAUGUCAAAUGGUCUAAAUAAUUUAAAAAUAUUAAAUAUUUUGAUAUAAAAUCCCAUCAUUUUG